UUCGUCGAUCCUGAAUCUUCAGUCUCCAAAAUUCUUCUCCAGAGAAAAGAUUCGAGCAGUUGACUUUCCUUCUUUGCACUUUCAUCGUUUUAUUAGAGGUGGGUAUUUGGUUAUUGCCUCAAAGAUGAAUGAUCUAAUGACUAAGUCAUUCCUCAGUUACGUGGACCUCAAGAAACAGGCCACGAAAGACCUUGAAUCGGAACCCGACCUCGAAAUGGGCAAACUUGGCCCUGCUGAUGAACAGAACCUCACCCAAUUUUUCGAACAAGUGACCGCAAUCAAGGCUGAUAUGGAAGAGAUCACAAACCUUCUUCUUGAUCUUCAGGACCUGAAUGAAGAAACCAAGUCUACUCACAGUGCUAAAGUUCUUAGAGGGCUAAGAGAUAGAAUUAAUGCUGACAUGGUAGCUAUUCUGAGGAAAGCAAAAGGCAUCAAAGCAAGAUUGGAGUCGCUUGACCACUCUAAUAUGGCUAAUCGAAAUGUAUCAGUGGCGUACAAGGAAGGUAGCCCUGUUGAUCGAAUGAGGAUUUCGGUGACUAAUGGUUUGAGAGCUAAGCUGAGAGAUAUGACGAAUGAUUUUCAGUCCUUGAGGGAACAGAUUGUUAAAGAGCACAAAGAAGGUCUCAAGAGGAGGUAUUAUAAUGCCACAGGAGAGGAAGCAAGUGAGGAAGUGAUUGAUAAGAUGAUUUUGGAAAGUGGGCAGGUAAAAGUUUUUGAGGGGAAGGUUGAGCUGGCAAUGGAGAAUCAGCAGAGGCAUGAGGCCUUGAAGGACUUGCAGAGAAGCUUGACAGAACUCCAUCAAGUUUUCCUGGAUAUGGCAAUGAUGGUUGAAAAGCAAGGGGAACAAAUGGAUGAUAUUGAACAGAACGUGGCUGAUGCUGGAGCUUACAUUCAUGAUGGAACCAAUGCUCUUUUUUCUGCUAAGCAGAUGAAGCAGAGAAGAGGAAGAUGGGUUUGUUGGAUUGGGGCUUUGGUGUUGCUUGUGUUGCUGGUAUGCCUGAUUUCCAUCUUAGCUUCUUGAAAUCGUAGAGAUCAAAGUUCAUCCUGAAUGUGGCUGUUAUUGUUGUGCUGUAGUGGAGUUUUGGUCUGUGAAUAAUAUACUGGAGUUGACUACACUGGCUGGCGGAUUCAAUGGUUUCUUUCAUUGCAUUUGUCAUUUAGAAUGCACGGUUUUAUGACUUUCUUGUUUUAGGCUUAGCAAUAUGUUUGAUGUAUCUCCUCAUCUUUCCACAUC